AUGAAUUCCGUGGUAUUGCUCUUCGUGCUCUUGAAAACCCUCAUCCAGUACCCACAGCUCGUGGGUGAUGUUCCAGAUGAGGAAACACGUCUGCGCAUGGAAGUGCAUGCCAAGCACAUAGAAUGGGAGAGGAUUCGGCUGGAGUGGCAGGUGGAGCAGCUGGACCUGAAGCAGAGUGGAGUGGAGCAGUCCUUGCAGCUCUUGGCUCUUGCUGUGCUCCUGUUCCUUGUCUUGGUCCUGUGGCUGAUGGGGUGCAAAAGGAGCCUGAGGAGAGAGGAGCCUGAAGAAGGAAACAAUGGUGCAAACAAAGAGGAGGUCAGAAAUGGGCUUGCAAAUGAAGAAGUGGAUGUUGGAGAUGCAGAAGAAGAAGAUGAUGCGAAUGGGGAGGAAGAUCGCAAUGGUGAUGAUAGGGAAUACGGCAACGUUGCUGGAAAUGGAGAAGAUAAUAUUGAGAACGCAGUUGUCAAUGAGGCUGCAAAUGCCGCAAACAAUGAUCUUGCAAUCGCGGCCUAUGAAGGAGACAACGAUUUGGACGAUAACGUUGGAAGAACUCUGAUGCAACGCAUACAGUGGCCUGUACAGGACCUGCAGGCUGGCUGCGAGUGGACAAUGUACCUGAUGGAUAAGUAUGCGGUUUACUUUGGACACGUCUUAUCAAACAGUUUCUACCCAGUCCUGCACCAAGCCAUCGGGGUGGGCAGCGCCUUUGAAGGUUGGAGUCCCCGUGAGCAGGAUGUUGUGUACCAGGUGCUCAUACCCAUGACUCCUCCCCGAGGCCACAGCUUCCACCUGGAGCUGGACUCUGCAGAGCACAGGCAGGUGAGGAACUUCCGUGUCCGCGUGCAGCUGGAGUGCACCUGCACCAAGGAGCAGCAGGGGGAGAACGUGCUGUGCUUCCUGCACCAGCCCGAGGAGGAGCUGAGGAGGAGUCAGGAUCCCAGCCUCCUAGACACCCUGUGCACCGACUCCUACCUCGAUGUGCACAAAACGGCCCGCUGGUUCCACCAGCUGGUGAGAGCCAUCUGGCCAGCUUUGCCGCAGUCGCACAAUUGGCAUUUAACGCUGCUGCCCUCCAGACGCUGCUGCCAAUUCAAGGUGACCAAUGGCAGGGAAAGCUUCAGGAUUGAGGUGUUGUUUGGGGUGCGCAGAGGCGACUCCGACGUCUUUGUGAGCAGCCAGCCUAAAGAGGCCCACACCCAAAACACAACCUGGCCCGAGACCUAUGCUGUGGCAGAGACUGAGUUCUUCAAGCACGUCGCCAAGCAGGCCCCCCCUGACAGUUUGCACCUCAAGUGCCUGCAGUUUUUCACCCGUCUUGUGCUGGGCUUCAGCUUCUCCACCUACAGCAUGAAGACCAUCGUCAUGCACCUGCUCAACGUCGUGCCCGUGUCGCAGUGGCGCAGGAGAGAUCUGCUGCGGCGCCUGCUGGAUAUCCACGAGGGCCUGCGCUUUUGCGUGCCAGCAAAACACCUCAACCACUUCAUUGUGGGGAACCAGAGGCUGCCUCCCAACAUCCAUUUACCCCCAGAUGUUCAAAGGGGUCACACAUACAAUCUCUUCCAUCACCUGGCCGAGGAAUCGGCCGCCCACACCCAGGCCGUUAGUGAGUACCGGGAUCUGCGAAAGAGCUUCCAAAGAAUCCUUCUCGCUGAACGCUGA